AUGGCGGUCAGCAACAAAUGGGCAGUGCUCCCUGAUAUCGAUGCUGCACCUGAAGUAUACGAGACACCAGACCUAGCCGACGAUGUUUCCACGGCCCAGACAGGCACACUGCGUACAAUAUCCGAAUCGCCAUCUGACGACGAAGCACUCCCCGGCCUGGACCGGCAGCCUCUGGACAGAGAUGAAGCGAGACGUAGGUUCGAGCCUGCGCUCGUGGACGCCCGAGGGGUCGACUUCUCGGACAGCAUUGGCGGUUCUCGAAGGUCAUACCGCACUCGAUCACGACGGCGUCGGAGAAGGCAAGAUGGCGGCGGCGAAGAGCUGGGCGACCUGAGUGACAGCGAAGAAGAGACGUUGGGCAGAAAACUCGCCCGGUUAAAGCGGGAGGCCGAAGAAGUCAGGCUCGAACUGGAGAGGCGAGAGCAAGACAAGGACAAGGACAAGGACAAGGACGGCGACGGCGAGUUCAAAGACAGCGUCGAGCAGCAGCAGCAGCAGCAGCAGGACCUCCGAGGGGCAGACGACGACCACGAUCACAUCGACAGCGACGGGGUUGAGCAACUCACUAGAGUCCUCGACCAAUUGAGCACGAGGACAGGCAUCAAGACCGGCGGAGCCGCUUGUACCCUCGAGAAUGAGUUCCUAUCGAAGGUGGACACGUUGAGACGAAGAGGUGCGCCGGACACGCAAUCUUCGACGACGCCAACCACGCAACAACAAGACAACCCGUCGGCACCAACGUCGGCGCUCUCAGCAGUUGCGGCAUUCUCGGACAGACUGACGGCUCUCGAAGCCAGUCUGGGGAUCUCGUCUACAAGAGCCAACUCGCAAGCAUCCAUCAUUCCGACCCUGGACAGCCUCUCGAAGCAAAUCGCGGUUCUAAGCAACACGUUGACGCCAGGGUCAAGGUCAGCGUCAGGGUCGUCGACCACAGUGACGGCCAACCAGUCCGCGCCGCCCGCCCUUCUCGAAACGGUGGCUUCGAAACUACGUACCCUGAUCGCCGAGUCCGACCGACUCACGGCGUCGCGGAAACAGGCUCUCCAGGCCUUGUCGGAGCUUCACGAAGCGCGAAUGCGCAACCUCAUGUCCCACACCAGCACGCGGCCUCGGCGCGGCUAUUCCAACGCUUCGUCGACACAACAACAGCAGCAGCAGCCCACCGGUGGCCCCGAUGCUCCUGCCCCUGCACAGCAGGCCGAUGAAUCACUGCAGAUCCAGUCGCAGCUGUUUCUCGACGAGCAGUCGUCCAAGAUCACCGCGCUGUACCAGCUUCUCCCGUCCAUUCAGAACCUGCAGCCCUUGCUGCCCGUGGUUCUGGAGCGGCUGAGGGCGCUCAGCAUCGUGCACGCGGGCGCCGCGGACGCCAAGAACACCCUCGACGCCGUGGAGAAGAGACAGGCCGAGACCAGGGAGGAGAUUGCUCAGUGGCGGCAAGCCGUCGAGGACGUCGAGAAGCGCAUGGCGGAGCUUGAGGAUGCCAUGAAGGGAAACGUCAAGGUCGUCGGAGACAUGGUGGCGGGCAUCGAAGGUAGAAUGAGCCGGUGGCAAAAGGGACAAUAG